UUUUAAAAUAAAUAUUUUUUUCUUCUCUUUACUUUUUUUUUUUAUUUAUUCAUUCAAUUAAAUGCCUGCUAAAAAGACAUCUAGAAAUAAUUCUAUCUCAUCAACAACAUCAUCUACAGGUCGUCGAUCUGAGCCAAAGCAGUUUCGAUGCACAGGCUUUGGUAACUGCAAUAUGGUCUUUACUCGUAGUGAACAUUUAGCCAGGCACGCACGCAAACAUACAGGAGAGAAACCAUUUCAAUGUGUAUUCCCUGGCUGUAACCGCAUGUUUAGUCGAUUCGACAAUAUGAUGCAACAUGCUAAUACACAUACUCGUCCCAAAAAGAAAGAGCCUUCUGAACCUCACAAAUCAAAAGACAACACUACUUCACCUAAUGACUCACACAUUUACUUUCAAUCGCAUUACCCAUCUCCACCGAAACCACAACAAGACGAGCCUUAUUCUUAUCCGUAUCAUUAUCUGGAUCAACCAUUAACAUCAUCACAACCUGUUUAUUACUCGUUGACUACGCCACCACCACAAUUUCAUCCUGCAUCCCUUCUUGAACCUACUGCUCCUGUUCAUUCUCAUCCCACUGCAUUCACAUCAACAGAAUCACUAAGAGAGGCAUCUGUGGAUACAGACGAUGAUAGUCGACAACAGUUACUUUCACCUAUCACAACUGAAUUUGAAGAUAAAUACAUCAAUAUUGAAGGUGUUGAUAUCACUCAUGAUGAAUAUGAGGCACUCAAGGGAUUCAGUCGAUUCUGUAGUGAACCCGUCGUCUAUAAAAGGCGAUUAUCACCUACAUCAGCUAUUUUAUCAAAGAACUCUAGCCCAUGCUCUCGUAUUUACACCUUUCGUCAGCAUAUUCCUAUCAAUCAUGAGUCCUUUCAGCGAUCUUCUUAUUUGCCAGAUGGCGUCAUUUGAAAAAAAAAAAAAUUUUUUUGUUUAUCUUGUAAAUGCAUGUUUGACAGCACAAUUGUAAUCAUUUCAUCUUGU